AUGGAGGCUUUGCGUAGCAAUGACAGUAGUGGCGAUUCAGCCCAGCAGCAGUUCGCUGUGCUGGACAUGCUCAUCCCGGGCUUCUCCCUCUUCCUAACCACUGUUCAAUCUUCGUUCGCCAUCGAUCUGAGGAUUUACAUUCCGCUACUGCUCAUCGUCGGAAGCAGUGCUUGGGUUUGGUCUCAUGUAUGGGAAUUUAUUAAAGAUGGCUUUGAUAAGUAUCUCAUGUCGUCAAUGUAUAUCCGCACCGAUGAUGAAGUUUUUAACAUCGUCAUGGGCUGGGUUGCCCAGCAAAAUUUCUCCCGAGAUUCCAAUCGCUUCAUUCCUAAUACAAACGUCAACUCAAGAUCAUGGGCGUUAUGGAACGAUGGAGGAGAUGAUAGCGAGGAUGAUGAUGAGAGCGAUAGCGAGGAGGGCUACGCUCAUAAGGAUAGAAAGAAGAACUCCAGUGAGCUCAAGUAUACGCCUUCAUACGGCACUAGCUUCUUUACCUACCAUGGCCACCUUCUUCUCUUCAUCCGUACUGAGGAUACCAAUCGGGGGAGUAACCUUUCUGCCAGCGAGCGUGAAACAAUCCAGAUUUCUUGCUUUGGUCGAAACCCGGCUGUGCUGAAGGAAUUACUUCUCGAGGCACGCCAGUUAUAUUUAUCCAAGGACCAAUCGAAGACCAUCAUCUAUCGGGGAACUGGUUCCAAGUCCAACGAAUCGCCAGGCUGGAAACGGUGCGUCGCUCGCUUCUCGCGUCCAUUUUCCACUAUCCUGCUCAGCGACGAAAUAAAGCAGCGGGUCAUUGACGAUGUCGCGGACUACAUUGACUCGAACACUCGGCGAUGGUAUGCGAACCGAGGUAUUCCUUAUCGCCGUGGUUACCUAUUCUAUGGCCCGCCUGGCACCGGCAAGAGCUCGCUGAGCUUCGCUCUGGCAGGCUUCUUCCAGCUACCCAUUUACAUCAUUAGUCUGAGCUCGCCGGUGGCCACUGAGGAAAACGUAUCGACGCUCUUCGGCCAGCUUCCCCGACGCUGUAUUGUGCUCCUUGAGGAUAUUGAUAGCGCAGGCGUAACUCAUACUCGAGUUGCCCAAGAUGGCCAGUCUUCCGACACACCUUCUACAGGAUCUGAGAGGCUCUCUCUAUCCGGGCUCUUGAAUGUGCUAGACGGUGUGGCCUCCCAGGAAGGCCGAGUUCUGAUCAUGACUACCAACCACCUGGAGAAGUUAGAUCCAGCCCUGACCCGACCAGGCCGGGUGGACCUAAUGGUCGAAUUUAGUCUCGCGGAUGAAGAGGUGGCCGCAUCUAUUUUCCGUGCUAUUUACACCCCGUACGAGGGAGAGAUACUCCUUGGCAUUAACGGUAAGGGGGCGUCGCCACAGGCCAUGGAGGAGGACGAGAAAGCCGUGGCCCGGCGCACCCAAGUAAUUGCUGAUAUCAAGGAUAUGGCAAUCGACUUCGCGGCCAAGAUACCACAGGAGGAGUUCAGCCCCGCUGAAGUUCAAGGGCUGCUUUUACAGCAUAAGCGCGAUCCGUUAGCCGCCAUCCAGGCGGUUGACCGAUGGAUCAAGACAACUCGCGAAGAACGAGCAAAGAGGAGAGCCCGCGAGACAGAAAAGCUCAAGGAACAGGCUGAGAAAAUGGAGGAGGAUCAAGGCGGGGAACAGAAUUGUAAUUAG